AUGUCCCAAGAACCCAAGAGCGAACGUGAAGAACAGACGCUACGUGACGAGCCGCAGUCGCGUCCUGAGCAGACCGAGGUACCAACUCCACAGGCCGACUACGAUGCUCCUUUCGUGCCAGAGUACGCGCGUUACGGUUUCGGGUCCGACGCCGUGCGUAACCAUUUCAUCGCAGCCAUGGGUGAAUUCUGCGGUACCUUCAUCUUCCUGUGGUGUGCUUUUGUUAUCGCGCAAAUCGCCAACGAGGACACCGCAGUUGCGUCCCCCGGGUCUCACCCAUCUCAACUGAUCAUGAUCUCGUUUGGUUUCGGAUUUUCCGUCAUGUUCUCUGUUUUCUGCUUUUUCCGUGUGUCUGGUGGUAACCUCAACCCUGCUGUCACGCUCGCUCUGCUUUUGGCUCGUGCCAUCCCACCUGUGAGGGCCGUUAUUAUGUGGAUCGCUCAGAUGGUCGCUGGUAUGGCUGCUGCGGGAGCCGCAUCCGCGAUGACCCCGGGCGAAAUCAAGUUUGCCAACGCUCUCGGCGGUGGCUGCUCCAAGUCCAGAGGUUUGUUCAUCGAGAUGUUUGGAACCACCAUCCUUUGUCUCACCGUUCUCAUGAUGGCCGUCGAAAAACACCGUGCCACUCCAAUGGCCCCAAUGGCCAUCGGCAUUUCCUUGUUCAUCGGACAUCUCGUCUGUGUCUACUACACCGGUGCUGGUCUCAACCCUGCCCGUUCUUUUGGUCCAGCCGUUGCUGCUAGAAGCUUCCCUGUUUAUCACUGGAUUUACUGGGUUGGGCCUGCUUUGGGUGCCCUUUGCGCCUUCUCUAUUUGGAAGAUUUUGAAGAUCCUCGACUACACGACCUGUAACCCCGGCCAGGACGAUGAUUACGUUUAA